GGCUGGUUGCUAGGAGGCGGGGACGCCGGCCCUCCCGGGACCCGCGUCGCAGUAGGCCUAGCUGGCUGGAGGGGCCGAGCGACGGCGGGUUUGUCUUCCUCCGGUGGCCCGCGCCUGCAGGGCCGAAGACACGCGGCUGCCCCGGCCUCGAGGAGCGAUGGAGCCUGCGAAGCUCCAGGUGCGGUUUGUGGAGGAGUUUCUGGACUCAUCCAGAGGCGUGGCUGAGUGUCAACUUAAGGAAGGCACAGGACUCCUGAAAAAAAAAUGCCGAAAGAGAAGAACCAAAGAUGAUACUUGGAAAGCAGAUGACCUCAGAAAACACCUUAAGGCUGGACAAUCGGGUAGUCCCAAGGAAGAGAAGAAACUCAGAGAAAAGAAGAUGCACAAGGACUCAGAGCUGGGCACUCCUGAAUACAGAGAGCACAAGAGCAGGGACCCAGAUCGAGAGGCCCGGCACAAGGAGAAGACAUCUGAGAGAGACCUGUACACCUCCACGGAACAUCCCCGUGGGGAGAGGGACCGGGAGAGGCACAAGGAAAGGAGGAAAGAUGUGAAAGACCGUGAGAGAGACAAGCUAAGAGAGAGACAUCGAGACCAAGAAGCAGAGAAGGCUCACAGUCGAGGCAAGGACAGAGAGAGGGAGAAAGACAGACGGGCCAGGAAAGAAGAGCUCAGGCAGUCCAUGGCUUACCACGACCUUCUGGGUCGGGAUAUGCGUGGCCGGCAGAUGCUGGAGAAAAUGGAAAAGAAAGGUCACACAGCAAGUAAAAUACGAACUGAGGAAAGAGAAAGGAGAGAUGAAGACUCUGACAGAAUAGAUGAAGACAGAGAAAGAAGAUACAGAGAAAGAAAGCUGCAGUAUGGAGACAGUAAGGAGAAUCCCCUCAACUACUGGCUGUACAAGGAGGAAGGGGAAAAGAAGCACAGGAAGGUGAAAGAUACAGAUCGGGAGAAGAAGCACAGAGAGAAAAGCAGCACACGGGAGAAAAGGGAGAGGCACUCUAAGGAGAAGGGGAGCUCGCUCUCCGACAGGGAAGUGGAGGACAGACACCGAGAGAAGCGGCACAAGGAAGGACUGCAUUAUGAUGAGGAGAGGCGCCGAAGUCACACGGAUAAAAAAGAGAGAUCUUCUAAAGAAGAGCACAAGAAAAGGGAAUCGAAGGAACCUGAAAAAGAAGACAUCGAUUUAGAGACUGCUGGGGCCGAUGAAUACUUGCCCAACUUAGAAGAUGAUUUUGUGGAUUAUGAAGAUGACUUCGAGGUCUGCGAUGGAGACGAUGACAGCAAUAAUGAGCAUGAAGUUAAAGAAAGAGCUGAAGAACUUCCUCUGGCCCAGAAGAGGGAAAUACAGGAAAUUCAAAAGGCGAUCAGUGCAGAGAAUGAAAGGGUUGGCGAGUUAUCUUUGAAAAUGUUUCAGAAGCAAAGUCGGACGGAGUAUACAAAGGAGCCUGGGGCAGAUGAAAAUGAUUCCACUUCUAGAACCCCUGUUUGUGGAAUUUUUGUGGAUUUUGCAACAGCCUCACAUCGUCAGAAGAGUCGGAGUCAGGCCCUCAAGCAAAAGACAAGAAGUACAAAGUUGCUCCGGCUUAUUGACUUAGACUUUUCGUUCACUUUUUCCCUCUUGGACCUACCACCAGUAAAUGAGUAUGACAUGUACAUUAGGAACUUUGGGAAGAAGAAUACCAAGCAGGCAUAUGUUCAGUACAAUGAAGAUAAUGUUGAGAGAGACAUUCAGACUGAAGAUAUAGAAACCAGGGAAGUAUGGACCCAACACCCAGGAGAAGGCACUGUUGUAUCUGGAGGUAGUGAAGAAAAAGACUUCUCUGAUGUCACAGUUGUACCGAAGAUUGACACUCCGAGGUUGUCUAACUUUCUCCGGGCAGCAUGCCAGGUGGUUGCUGUUUUGCUUGAAGAGGACCGUUUGGCAGCUGGACCCAGCUGGAUUCCCCGGGCUCAAGACAAAGCUCUGAACAUCAGUGACAGCUCAUCGCAACUGAACACAAGCCUACCAUUUCUGCAGAGCCGAAAAGUAUCCUGCUUGCAUGCGUCUCGAAUUCAGAGACAGACGGUGGUCUCUGUUCACGACUUACCUGAAAAGCCUUUUGCCCCAUCUCUGGAUAGCAGGCACCUCCUCUGUGUGUGGGAUAUUUGGCAGCCUUCAGGGCCCCAGAAGGUUCUGAUAUGUGAGUCAAAGGUCACGUGCUGCUGCUUUAGCCCUUUAAAAGCCUUUCUGCUGUUUGCGGGAACAGUACAUGGCUCCGUGGUUGUAUGGGAUUUAAGAGAAGACUCCAGGAUACACCAUUAUGUGAGGCUGAGCAAUUGUCUCUGGGCUUUCAGGACCCCAACAUUCUCCACUGAUGGAAUCCUCACAUCAGUGAACCACCGAAGCCCUCUUCAAGCCAUAGAGCCGGUCGCCACAUCUGCCUACAAAAAGCAGAGCUUUGUGCUUUCACCCUUUUCAACUCAAGAAGAAAUGGCAGGCUUGUCAUUUCACAUCGCUUCCCUGGAUGAGACUGGGGUUCUCAAUGUGUGGGUGGUUGUUGAAUUACCAAAAGCAGAUAUCUCAGGUUCAAUGAGUGAUUUAGGUCUGAUACCUGGAGGGAGGAUCAAAUUGGUACACAGUACUGUAAUUCAUUUGGACAACAGUCUUUCUCAUAAGGAUAGUGAACUGUGGGGGUCCACACAAACACUGAGUGUCAAAUUCCUGCCUUCAGAUCCUAAUCACUUUGUUGUCGGCACCGACAUGGGACUUAUAAGCCACAGUACCAGGCAAGAUUGGAGAGUAUCUCCCAAGGUGUUCAAACCUGAGCAACACGGUGUCAGACCAAUAAAAGUUAACGUGAUUGAUUUUUCACCAUUUGAAGAAACAAUAUUCUUGGCUGGCUGUUCAGAUGGAAGCAUCAGGCUGCACCAGCUGACAUCUGAGAGGCCCAUCAUGCAGUGGGACAACAGCACCAGUGGCCACGCUGUUACUAGUCUGCAGUGGUCCCCGACAAGGCCAGCAGUGUUUCUGGUCCAGGACGAUGCGUCUAGGAUCUACGUCUGGGAUCUUCUUGAGAAUGACCUGGGUCCUGUGGCCCAGCAGCCCAUCUCUCCAGAUAAGCUUGUGGCCAUGACUAUUGUGGGGGAACCCGAGAAGACCAGUGGUAGCUUUGUGGCCCUGGUGCUGGCCAGGACCUCCGGCACGGUCGACGUCCAGAACCUGAAGAGGCGGUGGACCACCCCAGCAGUGGACGAACACAGCCAGCUGCGUCUGCUUCUUCAGAAAUGAAGCCUCUGUCAGAAGAAUGACGGGUACAUGAGACUUGAUUACAGAUGGAUCCCUUAACUCUGUGUUUAUGUGAUUCUGUGUACAUAGAAUAUGUAUAUUCUGUACAUAAUUUGUUUUAGAACAGUACUUUGGUAUUCCCAGGAAAUAAAUCACUAUUUUUAAUGGAAACAGUGAACAUUUUAGUGUAUACUAAACUUCAAAGGGAAUAUCGAGUGAUGUCCAGAAAGCUCUUCCAAGAGUGUUUCCAGUUAUUUUUGGAACAACUUAAAAAUACUGUCACAUUUAUUACUGGAUUUUAAACAGUCCGCCAUGAAAAAGUACUUUAACGAACUAUUUUCUUAGCCAUGCAUAAAAUGAUGUACAUAUAUUUGAAAUAAGAGAAAUUGCUCACUUUGGAGGUGACCUCCACCAGCCUUCUGUUUUAAGGUUUUCUUGAACACCAGCUUUUGGUGUGCUUUGAAUGGCACUCACUGAAUUGAGUCAGACACAUUUACUGUGUGAUUUAACGUGAAAACCAUCCUCAUAUAGAAAUAAUACAAGUAAAUAAAUUUUCUUGAGCAUGGA